CUUCUGUUUUGAAGGAAAUUGGUUAGAAUCACAUUCUUUUCAUUUUUACUCUUUCACUUCUUCGAUCUUCACCUUCAAAGCCACUUUGUUAAGUGGGUACCUCUCAAGUUCUCUUCUUUUUUUUAGGGUUCCUUUGAUUCUCAAUUUGGAUUGAAGUUUGGUAACUCUGCUUUGCUCAAUUACUGUUGCCACUAUCUAUUCAGGCUUUCUCAACCUCAAACCCUUUUCCUGCCUGUGAAUUUUUGGCAAAGAAAAUAAGCCUAACUUUUGACUUCACCAGUGAAACUGCCAGAGCUAAGGACAAGGUAAAGUAGUACUCAGGACAUGGGCUGCAUGGUGUCCACCCCGAAGGAUUCUGGUGGAAAUAGAAGAAGGCCGGCGAGUAUCGGGGAAGUUUCUGUGUAUGUUCCCGGUUUAAGAAUCCCUAAACCGGUUGAUUUUCAACAGUCACUUGGCGAUUGUUUGUCGAAGAACAUAGUGGAACGACUAUCUGCUCUUAGAACUCGGAUAGUUGUAAUGGCUGGCCAAGAAGGUCCUACAAUUACACGAACGAAAAGAAAAAGUGCCACGCAACACGGAGGUUCAACACUGGCUGAUCUUCUACAGGCUCUUGAAGACUACUUACCAGUACUUUUGGGAUUAGUCAAAGAUGGAAGCCAUUUACAAUACAAAGUACAAUUUGUUUGGGUGAAUCAGGAGGAUGAGGCAGAGGAAACAGCCAUGUCUAAUGCUUGGUAUGAAGUGUUGUCAGUCUUGCACUUGAUGGCAACACUAUCGCUAUCACAGGCUAAUUUAUUACUUCUUCCAAGAACUUCCACUGAUGGUUAUCAGCCAAAAGUAUCCGAAGAAAACAGACGAGCCUCUGUUGAUAUUUUCUUAAAGUCAGCUGGAUAUCUUGACUGUGCUGUCAGACAUGUUCUUCCACAGUUGCCUGCUGAGCUCAGGAGAAAUUUACCGGUAGACCUUGCAGAAGGAGUUCUUCGAGCACUCUGUCUACAAGCACUGGGACAGGGUGUAGAUAUCCAACUUGGAAUGGCAAUUGAUAGCACUAAAGCAACUCUUGCAGUGAAGCGUAGACUUGCAUGUGAGAUGGUGAAAUAUUGGCAACAGGCUCAAGAUAAUAUUAUGAACCUUCCAUUGUCAAAUGGUUGGGGUGAAAAGCAUCGUCUUAAUGUCAAAUGGAAGUAUAUUGAAUCAAAGGCUGCGGCAUAUUAUUAUCAUGGUUUGAUUCUUGAUGAGGGAAAUACUGAGAAAUCUCACGGGAUGGCUGUAGCCGCACUGCAAGCAGCGGAUGAGUAUUUCAAAGAAAGUAAAAAGCUCUGUGAGGCAUUCAAUGCAGCAACUCCAUUGUCAAGAAAUCCACCGCUGUGGGGGACCAUGAAAUAUCUAUCUGAGAAAAUUCCCAAGGAUACUUCAAGCAAGGUUCGAAUAAAUCGUGAUCUAUACACAUAUGAGAGAAUCAUGGAAACGGCGCCGACAUUGCCUGAUUUUGCCUUAGCCUUGAAACCAGAUGAUUAUCAACUUCCUCAAGUGAGUCCCUCUUGGAGAACAGAAAAUGUGAAGGGGGAACAAAAUGGCUCCCCCAAUCAUCUCAAGGGUUGACAAAUGACAAAAACUAAGCAAUAUCAACUUAGCUUGAAGAAGAAGCAAGGGUGAUUUUUCAAAGCUUGUUAAUGUCCACAAAGGAAGCAAAUUCAUUAUUUUCUGACUUUUUCUCUACCUUCUACCUUUUUUUCUUCAUAAAUCAAAUUCCUCAUAUCCUCCACAACAUUUGAAAAAAAAAAAAAGAGAGCCAACAACUGGAAAAAGUCUCAAGUUGUGUUCAAUGUAAACAAAGGGUUGACCUUGCCAAUACCCAAAUCCUCCAUUUGUUAAACCAAGUUGUAUAAGUUGGUUGGUGUGUAAAAUUGACUUGUGCUUUGCAUGGAAAGAACGAUUUCCUUUAAGUGUUAAAAAUCUAUAGAGUUUGAUAUGCAAGGGAAUUUAUGAUAUACUUAUUUAAACAAGGUUUAUCA